GUGAUGUGAGCAUUAAUUCCUUCUCUCUCAUUUAUAUAUAUACACAUUGAGUCAUUGACAUAGCAGAAGAUAUACCAAUUCGUGUGUCUCAGCUCUUCAAUUUCUAUCUUUGAAUUCAAUGGAGCUCGAACCCAUUGAGUUCCUCACCAACUACAGUUACUUUCCAGCUGAAACCUUCAUCCAAACUCAUGAAUUUGCUGAACACAGCCAUGGAAAUAGUUCUUGCUAUUCCCACUCAGAAAACAACUCCUCCCAAAACUCCCUCCAAGAUGGAAGCUUUUUGGAAUAUGGUGAUCAAGAUCUGAUUUUUCUUGAAGAAGCAUUGGAAUUCGAUCCAACCAAUUACAACCCAGAUUUCCUUUCGACCAGCACGGAUCAAAAUCCUGCAGAAAUGGAUUCAUGGAUCCAACCCAAUGAAAAAGAUGGCUCCUUUUUCGAGGGAAUUCAAGCAGAGCUAAUGGAAGAAGAGAGCUUAACGGAUCUCUUAUUGGCCGCAGCUGAGGCUGUUGAAGCACAAAACCAGCCACUUGUUUCAGUUUUGAUCGAAAAGCUGAAGAAUUUACUUUUAUGCGAUUCUGGCUCAUCACCAUUCAACCGGUUGGCUUGGUUCUUCACGCAAGGCCUCCAUUAUAAGAGUACUCUCACAAAUUUUUUUCCACCUCGUGAAAUGGCUGAUCAAGAAAAGAAAAACUCAAUUUCUGCCUUUCAGAUGCUUCAGGAGCUCUCUCCUUAUAUAAAGUUUGCUCACUUCACAGCCAACCAAGCGAUUCUUGAGGCAGCACAAGGAGAGGAAGCGCUUCACGUCAUAGAUUUUGACAUCAUGGAGGGGAUCCAAUGGCCGCCAUUGAUGGCUGAUCUUGCAGCUAAGAAAGAUUUCUCCUUGUUAAGGUUGACAGCUGUUGUACAGGACCAUGAAAACGAGACAAAGAUUGAGCAGACAGGGAGGAGGCUGUCAGAGUUUGCCAAAUCAAUCAAUUUCCCCUUCGAAUUCGAUCACAUGAGGAUAGAAAAAGCAGAGAACUUUGGCAAAAUUCAAGUGGGUCAGGCUGUAAUAGCCAAUUGCAGUGGGAUUUUGCACCACAUUUUGAGCCAUAGCAACAUAUCAAAGCUUGAAACUUUCUUAAGUGGGGCUGCCAAAUUGUCCCCAAAAUGUGUGGUUUUGGUUGAAGAAGAGCUUUUUAAGGUCUCCAAGCCCCAACCCAUGUCCUUUGUGGAGUUCUUCUUUGAGGCCUUCCACCAUUUCUCUGCUCUUUCUGACUCACUUCUCAGGUGCUUUUGUGGGGCUUAUGAAAGUGGGUUCAGGCAGGUGGAGGAGUUCUUGGGGGCAAGGAUUUUGGAGUCAGUGAGGCAAUUCCCUUGUGAUGAUAAUGUGAGAAACUUGUUGAGCAAUGGGUUUGAUCAUUACUUGAAAGGCUACAAGAAAAUUCCUUUCAGUUCUUUCAAUCGUUGCCAAGCUAAGUAUUUGGUGAGUUUGUUCAGAGGAGAUUUUUGGGUGCAGCAUGAGAAGUGCAGGCUAAGUUUGUGUUGGAAGUCAAGGCCAUUGUGUACAGCUACAAUUUGGGUUCCAAGAGUAAAAAGUGGAGCAAAAAUAUGAAUCAGAUUCAAGAUCAGUUACUCAACAAAUCAUUUUAUUUUAUUUUUUGAAAUUUUUAUU